GUUGCUACCAACUCUUAACAUUGGCACAUGGAUUUGGCAGGGAAAAAUGUGGUUUACCUUGGCGGAUUUGGAGGCAUUGGCCAGAAAUGUGUGCAGGAACUGCUGCAGCGGCAAAUAAAGGCGUUGGCCAUAUUUGAUUUGACUGAGAAUGUCAAACUUCUAGAUGAGUGGAAAACCUCAAAUCAAAAUACGGAUAUUUUCUACCAAAAACUGGACAUCACUCAGAAAUCGGACAUCGAAGCAGCUUAUAAGGCGACCGCGGAGAGAAUCGGUCACUUCGAUGUGGUGGUCAAUGGUAGUGGACUGCUGGAUGAUCGUCUGGUUGAACUCACAAUUCAGAUCAACCUGGUGGGCGUUAUCAACAGCACUUUGACCGCCUUGGAGUACAUGAACAAGGCAAAAGGUGGUAAGGGUGGACUCAUAGUGAACAUAUCCUCGGUGGCUGGUCUACAGCCCACGCCCUUGAUGGCUAUAUAUUCCACGUCCAAGAACGGCGUUACUACUUUUACCAGGGCCUUGGGUAGCCCCAUUCAUUAUGACCACUGUGGCGUUGCCUUCAUUACCAUCUGCCCGGGGUAUACGGACACUGGAAUCCUGGAGGACAUUGAAAAGAAAACCACAUUUCCUUUUUUCGAGACCAGCAUGCGCACCGUGUUCAACAAGGUGAAGCGACAAACGGUGGAGGUUUGCGCGGAGAAUAUAGUUAAGGCCAUUGAGACUGCCAAAAAUGGAGCAGUUCUUAUGCUGGAAUUGGGUGAAAUCCACGACUUAGACAUACCAAACCAAUGGAACCCCCAGCUGGAGGAUUAAGCUUUAAGUCCAGUUUAACAUUUCUUUCAAAGAAAUAAUUGGUUUUAUAAAGAAAAUAUACCCACUGAUUAAGGUAAUAGAUAUUGUUCUAUACUCAGUGAGCCCACAUU